ACAUGUCUCUUGCCCAAAUUUAAUUUGUGCUUAAAAUGUCACCUAAUUUUUAUGCUGGUGAUAAUGAAAGCAUAGUUGGGACCUUGGUGUAGUGAAAGCACUCAUGUAAGGAUGCCUUAGAAAAAGAGCCAUGGAGAAAUAUAUUAAGGUGCAAAAGAUUGGUGAAGGAUCCUUCGGAAAAGCAGUUUUAGUCAAAUCUAAAGAAAAUGGGAAGCAGUAUGUUAUUAAGGAGAUAAGCAUAUCUAAGAUGUCUAAUAAAGAGAGAGAAGAGUCAAGGAGGGAAGUUGCUGUGUUAGCCAACAUGAAACAUCCAAAUAUUGUCCUGUACAGAGAGUCAUUUGAAGAAAAUGGCUGUCUCUACAUAGUGAUGGAUUACUGUGAAGGUGGGGACCUGUUUAAAAAAAUUAACGCUCAGAAGGGUAUCUUGUUCUCUGAAGAUCAGAUUAUGGAUUGGUUUGUACAGAUCUGUUUAGCGCUGAAACAUGUACAUGAGAGAAAAAUUUUGCAUCGCGAUAUAAAAUCACAGAAUAUAUUUUUAACCAAAGAUGGAACAAUACAACUGGGAGACUUUGGAAUUGCUAGAGUCCUUAACAGUACUGUAGAGCUGGCUCGUACUUGCAUAGGAACACCAUACUAUUUGUCACCUGAAAUCUGUCAGAACAAACCUUACAACAAUAAAAGUGACAUAUGGGCUCUUGGUUGUGUUCUCUAUGAAAUGUGUACACUUAAACAUGCAUUUGAAGCUGGUAACAUGAAAAAUCUGGUCCUGAAGAUCAUCUCUGGAUCUUUUCCUCCUGUUUCUAUGCAUUAUUCCUAUGAUCUACGUAAUCUCCUUUCCCAGCUAUUUAAAAGGAAUCCUAGGGAUAGACCAUCAGUUAACUCCAUAUUGGAGAAAAACUUUAUAGCCAAACGGGUUGAAAAAUUUCUUACACCACAGCUUAUUGCAGAAGAAUUCAGUCACAAAGUAUUCCAGAAAUUUGGAGCCCAUGCUGCACCAGGAAAAAGACCAGCCCAAGGACAAAUCUUGGCUUCUGCUGCGCCAGCUCAGAAAAUUACCAAACCUGCUGCAAAAUAUGGAGUGCCUUUAAUAAUCAAGAAAUCUUGUGAUGCACCUAAAAGAUACUAUGAAAAAAAGCCACUGGUUAAAUGUAGGCAGGCCUAUCCAACUCCAAUGAAGAAAAUGCUUCCUGGAGAAGAGAGGAGGAAAAUGUUUGAGGAAGCUGCAAAGAAGAAAAGAUUAGACUUACUAGAGAAGGAAAAACGACAGAGAGACCAGAUCAGUUUGCUGAAGGCUGAGCAGAUGAGAAGACUAGAGAAGGAAAGGAUGGAACGAAUAAACAGAGCCAGGGAACAAGGAUGGAGAAAUGUGCUCACUUCAGGUGGAAGUGGUGAAGUUAAGGCCCCUUUUUUUGGUGGUGGAGGGGGUGUUGGUCCUACACCAGUGCCUACUCGAGGACCGUAUGAACACUACCAUGCUGUAUUUGACCAGAUGCAACAACAAAAAGAAAACCUUAAAAUUGCUGAGGAGAGAGAUACCAGAUGGAGAGCAGAAAUACAAAGUCAAGAACCUGUUGAAAGAGAAGUUCCACCUGGAAUACAUCCAGGAGUUCCUAAGGGGCCUGCAGGUCAUCACCAUUUACCUGAUACUGAUGCAGUUAGAAAAAAAAUGAAAAGAUUGAAGGAGGUGUCUAAACAAGCCAACGCAAACAGGCAAAAAGGAUGGGUAGCUGCAGAAAGAGCAAAACAAGUUGAGGAAUUCUGGCAACGAAAGAGGGAAGCUAUGCAAAACAAAGCUCGUGCUGAAGGACACAUGGGCACACUGCAAAACGUGGCAGCUAUCUAUGGAGGCAGGUCCAAUUCUGCGAGAGGAAGGAAGUCCAGAAACAAGGAGGAAGAGGAGUAUUUGGCAAGAUUAAGGCAGAUUAGGCUUCAAAACUUCAAUGAACGUCAACAAAUUAAAGCAAAACUUCGUGGAGAAAAGAAUGAUUCUGGCAGUUCUGACGGACAAGAAGCAAGUGAAGAAGCAGAACUGAGACUCAAGAAAAUCGAAGCACUGAAGGCCCAAGCAAAUGCAAGAGCUGCAGUUCUGAAAGAACAGCUAGAGCGAAAGAGAAAAGAAGCAUAUGAAAGAGAGAAGAGAGCUUGGGAAGAACAUUUGGCAGCCAAAGGGGUAAAGAAUUCUAAUAUGCCUUUCCAUGUGGCAGCAGCAGGAGCUAGUCCUGUGCCUGGUCAUCAUGAACCUGAAGUACCUUCUGUCAAACCACAGCCUCCACUUAAGCCCAGUUCACCCAUCAUCUCCAUGACUUCUGCAUUGAAGGAAGUGGGUGCGGAUGAAAAUGCAGCUUCUGUCCCAGAAACCUCUGAAGAAAUAAAAAGGCCAGAUAAUGCCAUCCAAAAUAAGCGAGAAAUACUGAGAAGACUGAAUCAAAAUCUUAAAGCCCAGGAGGAUGCAAAAGUCAAAAAGGAGCCUCAAGACAUCUGUGCAACAGAGGUGACUGAAGAUAGUAAGGAACAGCAUGAAGUAAAAUAUCCAGGGGAUCGCAAGAAAUGGAAACCAGAGGCAGCUGAGUUAGUGGUUCCUCUAGCAGAACUAACAAUGGAAGAAACAUUGUCUGGGACAGAGAAGUGCACUGUGGGGGAGGCAAUUAAACUAGAUAUUGGUGAGCACCACCGGAAGCACUGGGGCAAAAGUCCUACAGAUUCAGUUUUGAAAGUACUGGGAGAAGCAGAGCUACAGCUUCAGACUGACGUAAUGGAGGAAAUAAGUAUCACAAGUGAACUAUCUGAAGAGGAAACUUAUCAAUCUUUAACAGUAAAAGAGCAAACUGCUUCUCCUAUUGAAGAUAAAUCUUCAGAACCAGUUGUUGUCACUGAGUCUGAAAGGACAAUACCUGAGGAAUCGCAGACAUCUGGAACUACCCAGAUUUCAUCCCUGCCUGCUGUGCUGGAUGAGCCUGAUGAUUUGGAAACAGAGUUGCUGGAAGAAAUAGAAGGAAAUAAAAACCACAAAAGUAAAGAAUUUCCCAUCACUGUUAAUGAUGUGUGGAUUAAAGAAAAAGAAGUGAAGGACAAUGGGCCACAGAAUGAUUCUGCCUGUCAGCAGGAAAAUGGCAGUGAUGAUACAGCUUCAGAGAAAGAAAUGGUAGAUGAAGUUCAGCCAAAGGAUGAAGCUUCAUUAGAAACUUGUCUUGAUCACUCUAUGCAACCUGAACCCUUUUUCCAGAGGGUGGCACAGCCCCACAGCAGACCAACAGCCUCACCAGUUUUGUCAGCUCAGUCUUCACUGGAUGAGUCAUUUCCACCUCGGUCACGCUCUGUAUCACCAGCCAAAAGUAAAGGCAAAAGUUCAUUGUUGAUUGGGCUUUCUACUGGCUUAUUUGAUGCAAACAAUCCAAAGAUGUUAAGAACGUGUUCACUCCCAGAUCUUUCCAAAUUGUACAAGGCAGUAGUUGAUGUUCCAAGUAUAGCAGAUGUACAACAUCAAGACAAUCUUGAAAUAGAUGAUAUGGAAAAUGAACAUGUCAAAGAAGGACAUUCUGAUUCUGAUGACCUUAUGUUUGGAGAGGCAGAUACAGACCUGCAAGAGCUUCGUGCCUCAAUGGAGCAACUACUUAGGGAGCAGCCUAGUGAGGAAUUCAGUGAGGAGGAAGAGUCUACUUUAAAAGCUAGAACUGCAGAACGCAUACCAAAUGGUACAGAACUGGAUGAUGAGGAAGACAAUAACCCCAGCAGUGAAAGUGUACUUAAUGAAGAAUGGCAGUCAGACAACAGUGAUGGAGAGAUCACCAGUGAAUGUGAAGAGUAUGACAGUGUCUUCAGCCAUCUAGAAGAGUUGAGAUAUAACUUGGAGCAAGAAAUAGGCUUUGAUAAAUUCAUUGAAAUCUAUGAUAAAAUAAAGGCUAUACAUGAAGAUGAAGAUGAAAAUAUUGAUACUUGUUCAACAAUAGUUCAGAAUAGUUUGGGAAAUGAACAUAAACACUUAUAUGCCAAAAUUCUUCAUUUGGUAAUGGCAGAUGGAGCCUAUCAAGAAGAUAACGAUGAAACCUGACACAGGAAAUUCAUUAAUACUGUGUUACAUGUAUGUGUUUGGAUGCUGUAGAGCAGAAUAAGAAGUCGUAAUGGAAAAUAUAACGAUUUUAAAAAGGGGUGGGAAGGUAGGACACUUUAGAAAGCAUGCUGGUUGCAUGAAGAAGAUGGAAAAUAUGCUUUUUUUUUUUUUUUUUAACUGAAAUAUUCAUGCAUUUCCUUCAACAUGUGUUCUCUCACUUUAAAGUUACCUGUUAUAGAAAUUCUUCACCUUAAAUGUCAACCAAAUUAUACAGAGGAUGAUUCAGAAGAUGUUCUAAUGUAAGAGAGGGGAGAGCUUUAUAAUACAAUGAAAGCGGCCUUUUAAACUGUUAGCUGUUAGGCUCAAGCAGUUAAAAAGAUAAGCAUGUUGUGAAAAUACCUUCUUUUAGCUCUUCACUUGCAUACUAAAAGCCUCCAUUAAUACCAAAGCACCGAAGUCUAUGUUUCAUUCUCUGACUACUUAGGCUGUAUUUAAAUAAGUACAUCAUAUCAAUUACCCACAUUGAGUAGUUCACUUUUUUUUAAGAAUAAAAUUUAUAGUGUUUUGCAGCUUCAGGUUUUGUUACUUUUUUUUUAACCAGUGUCAGCUGAACUUUUACUGGUGUUUGCUGUCACAUCACUGAAAUAGUUAAAUUUUUUUGUAGUGGUUAUGAAAUUCAUUUGUAGCCAAAGAAUUUAUCAUUGCUUUCAACCAGAAAUGUUUUCAAAUUUUGCUGCCUCUUCUAUAAUGCUGUGCAGAGUUUAAGGUGAAUCUUUUUAUGUUUACCUCCUGCUGCUGUGCUGAUAAUUCUAGCAGUUGGAAAAGAGAAAAUGAAAUGAAGGUAACCAUGAAUAUUGUGAUGCAUCAUUUUGAUGAUGCUGAUAUUUGCAGCAUGCUCUCCCUAGCUAGGGGUUAGGGAGGUGGGUAAUUUUAUUCUUUCCUCCUACUCUGCUUUUUUAUCAGAGAGAAUACAAAGAUGGACAAAAUUAGGAGUUUGUUUCCCCAAAUACAAUGGCAGAAAAUUUUUAUUGGUCUGUUCAAUAACAGAUCAGGUAUUAAGGCUUAGUUGAAAUGUUCAACUUCCAAGUGCUCCGCUGAAGAAAGAUGGAUUUUACACACUUCAAUAAUAGCAGCUUCAGUUAGAAAAAUCUAAAAAAUAAAAAUAUUUAAAUUAUUUUAGAACCAAGCAAGACUUCAUAUGUAUAUUAUUUCUAACCUUCUUCAAAAAUAAAUAUUUGAUUUUUUUUUUUGUAUAAUUGUUGCUUUUUACAGUGGUGUUACUAUUAAAGUCUCUCUCCUUGUCCACUGGAGGUGGAAUAAAAAGUCAGUGUUAAAUU